GCGCCGGAAGUGUUGGGAUUGUGGGUACUUCACUGUUUACUUCCGGCGGUGUGUAGUCCUGUGUGCCGGGGCGAGGGGGGCGAUGGCCCUGGAGACGGUGCCAAAGGAUCUGCGGCAUCUGCGUGCUUGUCUGCUGUGUUCGCUAGUCAAGACUAUUGACCAGUUUGAAUAUGAUGGCUGUGACAAUUGUGAUGCAUACCUGCAGAUGAAGGGUAACAGAGAGAUGGUGUAUGACUGCACCAGCUCUUCCUUUGACGGAAUCAUUGCAAUGAUGAGUCCAGAGGACAGCUGGGUCUCCAAGUGGCAGCGAGUCAGUAACUUUAAGCCAGGUGUGUAUGCAGUAUCUGUCACUGGUCGCCUGCCACAAGGAAUCGUGCGGGAGCUGAAGAGUCGAGGAGUCGCCUACAAAUCCAGAGACACGGCUAUAAAGACCUAGCUGGAGUCGUGGUCACCAUCCUUCUUGCCCCACCUUUCUUGCUCCUUAUUUUCUGUUGUGGAACUAAAUGGGCAGAGCUGCAGAUUCUCCACACUCUCCAGUUCUGAAGCUCUGCUGACUGUCUGGAGAGCAACUGUCCAGAGAGUGGCAUGAUACGCCCUCCAGGCUGGUGUGGCCCUGGGCCAUUUUACCACCUCCAAACUGCCGUUGGGGUGGGUGGGAUAUGAGUCGGGUGGGAGCUUGAAUUGAGUUCCUGCGUAGGAUGCUGGUUUUCCUACCCAUUCCCAGAGCUGCCUUUGGGGCAGUAUCAUGGGUCAAAUGUCAAUAAACAUGAACCUCUGGAAAGUUCUUAAAACAGAUGUGUUGCCUCCCUCCUCUUUUCCUUGGACACAUGAAGCACUGGUCCUGUGAGCAUCUCCCCACAGCAGCGGAGGUUUUUCUGCUGUGCACCAUCCAGCUCUUCGCCCUGUAGUGGAGGCCUGUGUAGCGUACUUGUGUGAGGCUUUGGGAAGGUCUCCCGGCCUAAGUCUCAGCAGCUCCGUGGCCUGCUAGAGUUAGUGUCUAGGCCUGUACCUCUUUGCCUCACACUGGCAUAGCAGUUGUCCUUUAAGGAUGUCGCGAGACUUAGUAAUGUUCCCUGUACUUGUCUUUACUAUUUACGUGGGGCUCCUUCACCCUCAAAGGGGAUCUUGAGUGAUAACCAAAUUAAAGUUAUUUGUUGGAGAAUUUUUAAUUUAUCGGUUAUUCUCAUUUGCUAAAAUUUCCACCAAAAGUCCUGGUUACUAUCCCCAUGUUAGUGUUCUGUGUCCUUGCCAUCCAUGAAACGAAUGGGUACAGCCUGCCUGUUUCAGCCUCAGGAUCCUGAUUUUGAAAUGAAACACACUAUCAUAAAACAUUUUAUGAAAGGUAAAAUCCACUCGCUUCCCCUUUCUGAACCGCUCUUCAGUAUACGUGCUAUGAGCACAGUCGGUCAGAUCCAGGGGGAGACGCAGACUUGUGAGCGCAGGGUGGUCUGACUCACUAGAGGUGCCCAGCCUCGUUUUGUCUUUUAGCCACCUGGUGUUGCUAGUGAGUCAGUUUCUUUUGUUACCUGUGGCCAGGGAUGUGUGGGAAGGAGGGACAGAUGCUGACUCUUCUGGCCUGCCUUGUUCUCUAAAAGGCUCAUGGGAAGAGUGCUCAAAUUGGCCCCGGCUACCCAGGUCCCCCAAAGAGGACUUUUUCUGAUGUGUGAUGUCUUCAGCCUCUGAAGGAGUGGCCUUACAGUUAGCCCCAAAUCCAAGCUGAGUUUUUUAUGGGACAUGACUCUUGUGUCAUAGAACACAUCGUAUGUGUGGAGCUCUGCGUUCCUUGCCACCCACCACAGUUUUUCUUCUGUGGUGACAAGAACUUCGAACCCCAGGCCUCACACAUGCAAGGCAAGUUCUGUACACCAAGCUCCAUCUCUGGCCUAUGAAUAGAUUUCUAAGGAUUUCCCCCGCCCAGCAGACCGAAAGCACUCCAGGGGAAGUAGUUUCUGCUCAAUUCAGUCCGAAAGCCUUGGAAGCAGACCCACAGGCCAAUAGCUGACAGAGGGAAUUCGCGGGGCUUGUAAGAGUGCCUAGGCUGUGCCGCUAACGCCCAACUUUCACUGGCUUUCUCAAAAAGUCCCUUGGAAAUCCCCAGCUGCUGUCCUUCGUGUCUGACCCGGACGUGGCUGCUUGGUGAGAAUGGAAACAGUUGUGGGGAGGGGAGACGGGAGCUGUGUGCAAAUAACCACACUCGGGCUGCCUCAGCCCCACGCGGAGCUGGGGCCCUAACUGUCAGCCUCGCAGGAAAUGAAAGACAGGCACUAGUGGUUGUGGGGGAGGGGUGGCAAGUUGCAGGGACUGGAUUUCACAGACAUUGUGUCUCAGACUCUGCCUGCCACCUGCUUCUUGAAUUUGCUUGCGUUCCUCUUCUCAUCUUGAAACCCGUUUAUGGUGCCGCUCGGCCAGGCAGUAGUAAGUGACGGUGCUGGAGUCCUGGAGCCUGAAGAAACAGAAACAGGAGUCGUUGUUGGUUCUUCAGAGCCCCUGAGAGUGAGCAGUGCUGUGUGGAAGAGGAGGGGCGGGCACUGGUAUGGUCACCCUAAAUUCUAGGCCACGAGGGCUACGUUCUGCCCAGUGUGUCUGCCAAAGGUCUGAGCCCUUUGCAGAGGUCUCCUGCCCAGUGGCUUGUCUCCCUUUGGUCUCCUGCCCAGUGGUUUGGCUCCUCUGCAGAAAGGCAAGGGUCUUGCCUAGUUCAGGACUGAUAGCAGUGAGCAGACUGCCUCCUGGCCUGCUUUUUCCUUUUUCUCCACUCCCCACCGCUUUGAAGGUCCGGAAACUAGGUUCCCACAGCCCGCAGAGCUCAACACAGCCUUCAACAAGGCCAGGACUCAUAGUUGUUGGGAGAGUUGGAACAUUCUGAUCUUGAAGGGAAAGUUUCUGCAACUACUGGGAAUGUGCUGGUGAGGGCCAGAGAGCCUGGGGGCUUCUCUGUAACAGGAUUUAUUCCUUGGACCUGGUCGUUUUCAGCCUGUCUGUAAUCUGGCUCGGUCUUGAUCCCUUCCUUGAGAACCUGAUCUCUGUGUAUCUAAGUGUCACAUAAUGCUUAUGAACAUCAAUAUCAUCCUUUAUAAGUUUGGUUCAUGUUUAGUACCAAUAAAGCCUUUUGUUUAAACUGCC